AUGCGGUCCCUCCAUGUUUAUGGUCUCACUGUCAAGAAUGGAAGUGACAUCAACUGUGAGGACCCUUUCCACCCUGCGCUCUCCACCUAUGCUGAGAACUGCCAGGUACCCAAGGAGCGUCACAUCGGCCAGUUUCCCGCUAACUUCUGCGUCAAGAUCAUCGGCACUUCCGCUGCCAGGGGAGAGUCACUCAUGAUCAGGACUUGUGUGCUAGAGAACAUGGACUCCCAGUGUGGUGUCUUCAAGUUUGGUGGUGAACAACUGACGGGAUGUAUACUGACGUGCAAACAUGACGGUUUUUAUCUUUACAGCUAUGAUGCAAUCUUCACAGCUGGCAAGGAAGUUAUAUUGGAACGGUUUGACAACCUUGAUGCACGGGUUGUGUUUGCUGCAGAAGACUUUUGCUGGCCAGACAAAACUCUUGCUUCACAGUAUCCACGUGUUUUCUUUGGCUACAAAUAUCUCAACUCUGGGGGAAUCAUUGCAUAUGCUCCAGAACUCUACAAGAUCACAUCUUUAUAUAAGAUAGAAAAUAAUGAUGAUGAUCAACUCUACUUUACAAAGAUAUUCGUGGACAAAAAUAAAAGAGAUGAGUUCAAGAUGAAACUUGACACCCAGGCAAAUAUUUUCCAAAACCUGAAUGGACAAUUAGGAUGUGGAAAUGGUAGCAGACAUGCUGGCACCUCUGAACAACACUGCAUGCAUGACAAGGCCCAACUGCCUGGGACCUUUAAACCAGGUGAUGUGUCCCUGAAAUUUGAAGAUGAUGAUGUAAAAAUUAUUAACACUGUGUACCAGUCAACUCCAGUGGUCAUACAUGGAAAUGGACCAUCAAAAAUCCAAUUGAAUUCUUUGGGGAACUAUCUUGCCAAAUCUUGGACACAAGCUAGUGGAUGCCUUGCUUGCCAAGAAGAUUUGAUUGACAUGAAAAAUUUGUCUGUGGAUGACUAUCCCCAUGUGUUGAUUGCAGUUUUUGUAGAAAAUCCAGUGCCAUUCUUGGAGGAAAUGUUGGCCAAGGUAACCAGCCUUAAUUACCCAAAGCACAGGAUCGAUUUACUUGUGCAUAAUCAGGCAGAGUUACAUGAGGAGCUUGUGAAGGCAUGGGUAGCACAACUAAAGUCAUCUGGCUACCGCUCAAUAAAAUUUAUAUCCGUUGAAGAUAACAUGAAAGAAUGGCAUGCACGAAACCUAGCAGUAGAGCUUUGCUUAAGAAACUCUUGUGAUGCUUUCUUCAGCAUAGAUGGUGAUGUUCACCUUGAUAAUCCAGACACCUUGUCUCUUCUCUUGAAAUAUAACAGACCUGUCCUUGCUGCUGUAGUGAUCCGUGAGGGCCAGGCUUGGUCCACCUUUUGGGGUGCAAUAAAUGCUGAGGGGUUCUAUGCUCGAUCCAUUGACUACAUGGAUAUUGUCCAGAACAAUAGAAGGUCAGUGAUUAUUUUGCUUACUCUCUUGGAAAACUAUUAUGUUGAAGCAGUUAAUAUACUGUACUGUACUGUAUUGAUAUAUUACACAAAACACUUUCAGGAUCUACAAUUAAUUCAAGAAUUUUUCAGACUAAACAGGAUGUUAUUUGUUUUUGUUUUUCUUUAAAAUAAUCAAUGUUUU